UCCCCACAGCAGCCAGAGUUGCUUCCUGUUGGAAUUGCUGAGACUUGAAACGUUGCUUCAGUCUGGAUUCCAGCUCCGAGUGGUUUCAGGAACUGUUCAGGCUCCUCCUUCACUGAGAGAGAGAGAGAGAGAGAGAAGGAAUCAGUUUCUGUACCAAAUAUGGCCAUGAAAUGACAUCACUGCUUCAGGAGGCCGGCACUUUUGCACAGCAAUCCCACCUUUCAUUGUUAAAACACUUUACUUUGGAGGGGAGGGGUGGUAAGGAAUGUGAUGGUGAAAAUGUUGGGGGGGGUAGUUUUGGGGUUGGCUGGGGUCUGCAGCAGGAUCUGUGCACUGCUCAAGCUAAAGGGAGUUUACCGGAGCCCUGCUGCCCUGGACUCUACACUUCUAGGAAGGUUAAAAUGCUUUUGAAUCUGAAAAGAGCGCUUCAGAUGCAAAGGAAAAGGGGAUUUUCAUCGAACUGAAAAUUUGCGUUUCAGGAUAUUUUGGGAUUGAAAGAAGAAGGUUUGGCCACAGGAAGGGGCAGUGCAUAAAUGCUCAAAAGAAGGAGGAAGAGUCCAAACAAGAAAAAUAAAUCCUUCCCCCUCCCAACCCCCUCCCCCAUCCCUUGAUCUUGGAUUUCAGCAAGGGAGUGGCGAUGACCGACACUAUGAGCCUCAAAGAGACUUCAAACCGGCAUUUGCGGCUAAAGCUGACCAGCUUGGGCCGCCGUGUGGAUGAGCUGGAGGAGGCUACAAGAAAUCUGCAUCGAACAGAGGAUGAGUUAAUGGAUCUGCAGGACAAAGUGAUCCAAGCCGAAGGCAGCAGCUGUAGCCUCCUGACUGAGGUGGACAACCUACGCAAGAGGGUACUCACCAUCGAGGGGAAGGACGAGGAGGUCAGGAAGGCCGAAGACAUGUGCAGGACCUUGAAAGAAAAACUGGAGGCUGAAGUCAAGCUGAGCCAAGAGCUCAAGGCCGAGAUUGAGAAGCUGCAGGACAGAAUGGGGGAGCUGGAGAAAUUGGAAGAAGCCUUUAACAAGAGUAAAUCGGACUGCACUCAACUGUGCCUGAGCUUGAACGAAGAGAAAAACCUCACCAGGAAACUGAUCACUGAACUGGAGGUCCUCCGAGCCAGAGUGAAGGACCUGGAGUCCACAGAGGGUCGGCUCGAUAAGUCGGAGAAAAGUAUCAUCGAAGAGCUGGAGAAAUUAAAAUCUCUAACCGUCGUUUUAGCGGAGGAGAGGAAGACCAUGAAUGAAACACUGAAGCAAAAGGAACAAGUUAUCCAGGACCUUACAAAGAAACUAGAACAAAAUAACAAGAUAAAUGAGACAGAUCAAAGUUGGAACUCCUCAAAUCUCAGGACAAAUGUCAAUGAGAAGACAUAUAACUAUUCAGGGGACAGAGGUGAUCUCAGGAUUGAGGACGACUUGUCCUCAGGCCUGUCUCCCAAAGGCAGUCUGGCAAAGAAAAGUUUAGACUCUCUAAAUACAACACACAAUGUUGGACUCAGAAACAAAGGAGACCACAAACGUCAGGAAGACAACAAAAUUAAGGAUCUCACUCAGGAAAUCGAAAGGCUGAAGAAACGUCUGAAACUGCUGGAGAUGGUAGAGGAAGACCUGAAGAAAACAGAAGCCAAACACAAUGAGUUGCAAGAGAGGUUUCUGAAUGAGCAAAGCAAAACCAAAAUGCUAGCCGAUCAGAUCGAGGAGAUGAAAUUGCAAAUGACGAGGAGCAAGGCCGUGGAAAAUGGCGAGACCGCGCACCAGGAGAUUCGUUACAGGUCUCGACAGGACAAAACAAAAUGCAAAAGUGUAGCUGCAGCAGAGCCGCAGAUCCUGAAAGAGAAGACGCACGAGGUGUCGCAUCAGCCGCGGUCACAGAGGGAGAAGGUGAGAAACAGAGACUUGUUGCUGGAUGAUGACAACACUGGGAAAAGUUACAGACGCCCCCUCAGUCCCAGCGCGAGGCGAAGAUUUCAACGGCCCUCUUCAAACCCGAGAACGGCUUCCAAUGAAAAGAAGUCCGAGGAUAAAUCUUUAACGCACAGCUACAUCUCUGCACAGAAAGAUCAGGACCUGCAGCCAGAGAAGCUUAAGAAAACGAGGGAGCCCCCAUCGGUGCUCAGUCGCUAUCCUCCAGCAGCGAAUGAAUCCAGUGUGAAGAGACCCUGGAACACUCAAAGUAAACAGAGUGAAAAUGGACCAAAGAGCAAAGUAGAUACAGCGUCCAGGGACUACAGUGACUUGGAACAAUCGUCUGUACUGCCUGAAAGACAGAGAAAAGCUGUCAGCUAUUUACACAAUUCUGAAAAUGAGAAUUUAGCAGUUCAAGAUGAGGUGAAUGAUUCUGGUGAGGACUCAUCAUCCACGAGUACUACUGCUAGCCUUUUGAAUGGAAUGUUUCCCUCUUACAGGAAUCACACAGCUUCACCAACGCCCAGUGGUGAGUUGAAGGAUACCGACCUGCUCGGGGGUGAAGCGCCAACGAGCACCAAUAGUGAGCCGACUGCUGUAAAGACUGCUGAAAAGUUGCCAAUACACGAGGAGCCGGAAACCACGACGGAAGUCAUGCCCGUGACAACGAGACCACGCAGGUCAAGGUACUUCCAUUUGGCAAAGUCCCAGGACAUGGACAACAUAGACGUGAGGUGUAACAUGGACAGACAGCCUCUCCACUAUAAACCCACUGAAACCAUCGCCUCUGAAGAUGUGGCUGCGAAUCAAAAGCCAGGCCUGGAGCUGAAGAGGAUUUGUAGCCCGAGAGAGGGCCUAAGGUCUAAAGCAAUUAUUAAACCUGCUAUAAUUGCCAUUGACAAAAAGGAAAUAAUGACAACUGGGGCGGAGCCAGUCGACGAAGAGCAUGGGCUCUCACCCAAAACUGUGCCAAAUAAAGUGACCAGUAGCAUCACUAUACCUCCAUCGAGUUUGUCCUCUCAAAGGAUCAAUAGUACUGUGAUACCAAAGGAAAAGCACACUUCCACAAGCAAUAUUACAAUCAGUUCAAGUGAGACAACUUUACAAAGGAGCAAUAUUAGUAUUCCCUAUGAAAUAUCAAUCCGUAGGAGUGAUAUUACAAUGAAGCCAUCGGAAUCAGACAGCUCUGAUGAAGAUGAGACUGAAUCAGGGGCUGAGGUGUUGGUGAGCAGCAGUAUUACAAUCAAAUCUCCCAGGUAUGAAGAAGGCGACUGUGGUGUAACUUCUUACGAAGCAAGGAGGAGGAGUUGUGUGGCUAACCAGGCAGAAACGGAGACAAAAAGUCUCCCAGUGGAUCCACCGGAGAGGGCUUCAUGGAGGAAGAGCCGGAGUGGGGUCCAGGUGGAAUCCACUUGCUACGGCACCGAUCUUGGCACGGAUUUCUCCCGAGUGACUGUAAGGAAGGCGAGCCGUGCCCUCACUACCAGUGAGGUGGCUGAACCAAGUGGUAGCUCCAGAGGAGCCUUAACUGACGGGUACACAAAGAGGGUAAAUAACUUUUCCAACUCUUCAGACUCAGUGGAAUUUAAAAGUAGCCUCACGUCAGACACGGCUCCUCACCGGAGCUACUACGGCACUGCGGAAAAUCUCCUCCGAAGGAAGCAGAAUGCCACUGUCGCGUCCAAAGUAGCAGAUUGGAAUAACACCUGUUCACUGGCAGGGCAGGACAGCUCAGACACGCAGUCUGCACUCAACUCCAACCUGCUGUCAAAGCGAAAAGAAAUAGCGAAGCAGAUCCUGUCAGAUAUGGCCACAGAGCGAAUGCCGAGGAGUGAAACUGUAGACAAGAGGCAAUCAGUGAAACUUGAACUAAGGAGGAACCCUGCAGGCAGUCCCACCCAUCAGAGUGGUCCCAGGACUGAGGAGAAGACUCCUGUAGGCAUUCUCUCACAAAUAAGGAUGACGUCCAGACGGUGAAGCCUCUGGUACUGACCUUUGCGGUCGCACUACAGUUUUUAGUGUUAAUUAAGCACUGUAUAAGCUUCUGCAAUAUAGGGAUCAUUUUCAUCCUGUACACUCUCUGAACUAAAGCAAUCAUAUUACACCUAUAUUUUUCUAGAAAUGAUUACAUUUGGAGGUAGUUCUACUGGCUGUUCGCAGUAGAGGAUGGUGGGGCGAAGGCAACAGUUGCCGACCUCUCUCGGGGUAAGGAGACAUCGGUCCUUCCUCUGUCACAGUGUGGACUGAACUGAAGAUAGAGCCUGUGAGAAAUUCACUGAGCCUGGGCGCACUCGGAUGCCCUUGUAGCCAUACUGCUACUUUGGGCGAGAAGUAAAACACGCAGGAAACCCAGAUUAAUGCAAUAGAAUCCAAAGUUCUAGGGUCAAUUCAAUCAUCCAGUAGCGGAUGCCCUGAAGUGAAAGUUGUACAAUUACGCAUAUCUGCUUUGAAAAACAAAAUGAAUCAGUAUGGGCCUCCUUGAGUAGUAACACCCCACCACCAGUGUUGCAGUAUUAUUCAGUGUGCUGAAUAAGCAACCAGUAUGUAUAUAGCUGUUCUUUGUACUUAAGUGAAAGUUUUCUUCCAGACAAAUGGUUUUGAAAAUAUUUCUUAUUUAUAAAAAGCAACAGGAGAGACAAGGUAAACCAAAACAUGCCAAAGUACCACAAUCACUAUCUCGCUGUAUACAAAUUGAAGGAAGUUAGAAUGGCCUCCAAAGUUUAAAGAUCAAAGGAAUCUUAAAGGGAUCAGAAUGCUCAGUCUACUGUUCAUCAAAUCCUUAAUAUUUAUCGCUAUUAGCAUGUCAAAGGGCAUUCUAACUUCUGUUUCUUUUAUGUUGUUUAUUCAGUGAGCAGAAAGAAGCAAAAAAGUGCUAAUUGCGAUUUAAAGUUUAGUCUUCCUUGUCUGUGAGGUAAUUUGAAAUGAUUGACCUUUGACUUUCUCCCCUCAGACAUUCCAUAGCAAGACCAGCUAGAUGAAUCGCAGUCGUCUUUUCCAGCUUUUUACAUUCCUAUACCCCUUUAACAAAUGCUUCCAACAUCCCUUCACUGUCCCUCCCCAGGAGAAGGGUACAGGGGGAGCACAUCAUGGCCCUUGGCCACAGUCAACUACAAAUGCUAAAGAGCAUAUCAUGAGAGCACAACUCCCUGACGUUGUGGAAGCAGCUAUUAUCAACAGGAGCCACAUUACGCAGACAGCCUGUCUACUUCAGUGCUCAGCAUCCACUAGAGUUAAAAACCAAGUACCUUACAGCUCGGAUAAACCCUUUGUAAAAUUUGAAUCUCUUUUCUCCUCCUGCUAUAAUUGACCAGCCCCAAAUUGAAACAGCCACUCUUAUGUCGUCCACCAGCUUUUUCUUCUCCUGCGACAAAGGAAAGUCAGGAUCUGGACUCUCACAAUCUCCACAUUGAUGUGGCACUGGUGAACAGUCUGAAAUCAAUUGGUCAUGUUUGUGAGACAGAAUGACAACACAACCUCUAGCCUCCCUCUGAGGUGACGAAUUUGAACAUGUUGGGGACUGUAGCCCAUAAUCUCUCCAAAGUGCCACCAAGUCUGAUUUGCACAAAAAGCACCCCCUCCCAUUGCUGCAGUGCUGCUGUGUUCAUCAUUUCAAAAUCAGCCUUAAGUGAUCGUUGAGGAUGCUGUUCCUGCACGUACCUGAUGCAUCUUACAACGUGCAUCUUCCUAAUCCCACUCUUCCUUAAGGACAAGGUAUCUCUAUUGCAGAUGGAAGCCACACUCUUUCAAUCUGCCAAUGCACCUUUGAAGGGUUUAUUACACACCCUUAGCAAAAUUAAUAUUAAACUUUUGGUUCAGGUCAAAUUACUACUGGAAGCAGACAGACACAUCAUGGUGACAGAGUGUGGUAGAUUCAAAUCCUUGUGGUACUUUAAGCAUUUGCCUCUUCAUAGUCAUAACUGUCUCAGGAAUAACUAAUGUACCACAACAUAAUCUCCCCACAUUACAUACCAACAGGGAACUGAAGGCAUCUUUGUGAUCUAUGUAAAGUUCACAACCAAGGUAACAAGUGGUUUAUACCUCAGUCAAUUACUUUUAGCAAUUGGUGAAACACAGUCAUAUCUGUCCAGAAAGAUUUGAGGAUAUUAAGUGGUUUCAUUUUUUUAUAAACCUCCCAGUUUAAACUUAGCUCAGGUUGUAAAACUGUGACAGUGUGUGUGUCCAGUUAGCCAUUUGGCCCUCGAACCAUAAUAAAUAAUUCCCAAAAUGAUAAUUGGUACCAUCAUCAAUUAAACAAUUAAUCCAUUCAUUCCGGUCGAAGCCUGAGAAACCUGGUGGAAGUACCACAAUUUUAACAAAAAAUGUGCAAUAUUUGGUAUACAAAGUGCACCUCAAUAGAGUGCACCCAUUAGCCUGACCUUUAAUAAGGUGUUGACUGGAGUAUUAACAUGUUUUAGCAGAGACAGCAGUUGGAACUUUCAUUAUGGGUCCCAUGUGAGUGCCUGAGGAAUUUGAAUAGUGAAGAAAUGGAACAAAAAUAAAAUCAGCUAGAUUACACAGUGUCUUUCGAAUGCAUGACCAUCUCCAGUGAAAACAGCAGCUGGUACAAUGUUUUCUGAGUGAAUGGCCUUACUGUCCCUUAAAGUCACAAAUGACCAACCGCUGACUGGGGAGGUCAGAGGGAUUUUUAACAGUGUCUGCAGAACAAUACCACUCCCAGAAUUAGUAGGGACUGGACGGAGUAAAUGGCCUCCUUCCACACUAUAAUAAGGAAAUAAAAGUCACAAGGAAAUCCUAAAAGAUUUCUGAACGUCCCAAGAUUUUACCUCUUUGACAAUUGAAAAUUUAAGAUUUGAUUUUGCGGCAUUCCAUGGGCAAGAACCAUCCUUUUUUCUUCAAAUAAAUUAUCACUAAUAGGUCUGAAAAUCUAGAAGAAUCACAAUCUCACUUUGAACUGGAUGUCUUCUUAAAAUGUGUGCAGUAACAACUCCAACAUACCACCUCAGUGAGGCAAUUCUGGGGCGGUUUCAGCUUCUGAAGCAGCUUACCAUCGAGAGACCACUACUGUUGCCUCUGGCCUUUUCCCAAAAACAGGAUCGGGCUGGACUGUGAUGCAGUCUACAGUCAAAUAACCAACAGAGGCGCAAGUGAGACCUAACCAGUUGGGUGAGCUCAUGAAUGAUGAUGGUCAACAUUAAGCACAAAUUUCAGCUUGACUUCUCAAUUUUGGGAAAUGGGAGGUAGUGGUGGGGCACAAUAAGAGCAAACCAAAAACUAAAUUUAUGCUCUAAUACUGAUUACACUUUGUUAUCUGUGUAACAAAGUUUGUGAUUGUACUUCAUCAUCCCUAUGCCCAUUAGCAUGAGUCACAGUAAGUGCAGGAUCCACCAACUGUGUGCCCCAUAUGAUCAAACUUAUUUUUUUAUUCAUUCAUGGGACUGGGGCGGGGGGCUCGCAGGCCGGGCCAGCAUUUAUUGCCCGUCCCUAGUUGCCCUUGAGAAGGUGGUGGUGAGCUGCCACCUUGAAUCUCUUGACACUCACCACUUUAGCUUGGGCAUGAUCCAAGAACGGCCUAGCCCGAGGGUAAUGGUUUCAGAUGGUUCCUGGUUCAAAUGCUGGCUCUGCUAACAUAGCAUCUACCGUGAAAUGGCAGGUUCUGGUUGGCAGCUUGUUCUAAGCAGGUGAUACCAGGCCCAAUUGUGCUGAAAUCUUAAAGCACACAAGGAGGCCACUCAACUGUCAUACUUGUGCCUGCUCAUUUGGAAGAGGUAUCCCAUUUUCUCCCAUUCCCGCAUUCUCUUUCCUAAAGCCCUGCAAGUUCUCAUAAUUCAUGCCACUUAGGUGACCUCAAUAAUGAGGAAUUGUCACAUGUUUAGUAUUGAUUGAAGAAAGAAAGAAAAAUUAACUAGAAAUUCUUCCUAGCGAGACAAAGGUAAGGUAAUAGCAACUAAUGUGCCACAUCCAGGUUAUGCCUCCAAACCAUCUCUUGUUGUAAAUUGCCCACAAUAUGGAUCUACUCAACACAGCAAUAGAGACGACGUUUAUGCCAAUUAAAAUCUCCGUUUCUGUGAAUCUUGUCCAUUGUAGAACCAAAAACCGGAAGAAUUAGAUAGAGAGCCUUUUCAUCUGUCUAACAGCUCCAGGUUGAAAGCUGAAGUAUUUGUGAAUGUUCACCCAUUAGUGAACAGGAAAUUGUGUCCAGUCACAGAAAGGGAAAGCAAAUGCAGGCUGAAAUGCCAAAAUUAAAUCUUACAUUUCAUCGUAUUUUUAGGUUCUUAAUUUUAGAGUAAUAUUCACGGUAUUUGCAUCAAACUAAAAGACAAAAUCAGUAGAAUAGCAGUGGCCAUCUUGUUUCAAUACUUUGUCAAAUUCAGUCUGUCAUACAAAACUUUAUUCCUCCUUAUUUAAAAAAAACAGAUGACAUCAGAAGCUGGCCUUGUAUUAAAGGACACAGCUAUAGAAUUCAUCUUGGAUACUACUGAAUGAGACUUUCGCAUUUGUAUUGGGCAUGCUCAAAAAAAGACUUCAAUGCAUCAUGAAUAUUAUCCUUAGAGACAGUCCCUUUGCUCCAACUGAAUUGUGAAGUGUCAGCAUAUUUGUGUUUAUACAAAGAGCUACACUUGAAGUUAAGCCAUACUUUGAAGAGGUUUUGGCAUGUGUCAGGAGUGCUAAGUAAAAAUGGAUACCAGUCAGAUAGAAAGUGGAAGAUAAAGACAUGACUGAAACAGGAGAAGUUUUCCUUUUCACCAAAACCGUUAGCUCACAGGUAAUCUCUCCAAUUCAGUCCACAUUUUUGAAAUCGAAUUCCCCCAUUCUGGACUUCCCCUCAGCAUCUUCACCAUGUUGAUGUCAAGCAGGAUUUAACGCUGUGGCUUUUGCUGUUAGCUCUGUUCCUAUUCAUGACUUCAGGUGUGUAAGUCAUCACAUUCUCCCUCAGCAUUCCCUAUAACCAACACGCUUUGGAAACCAAAGCUUGGUGUCGUUUUAAGCCUGCUACCUGGUUCGGCCUACCUUCACCUUCCUGUACUUUUCCAUCUUGCUGGUGUCCUGAAUUUUGCUCAGCCUUCUCAAAUGAGACAACAAUGUCUAGAUUCAGCACUCUUGGUGGGUAGUUCAGCUCAAAAGGGUGUCCCAAGUGGAAGAUCUUAGAGUCUUAACCUCUUCUAAUGUGGCUCCCCCAUCAUGGACCAGAUUUAUCCUGUAGUGGUGCCGCAGUUGGUGCAAUAUUUGACUGGAAUGAAUCUCUGGAGCUGCGAAUAAGGAUGUUUGGGAAUGUGGCGCAUGACUUAGCCAUAAUUUGUACAAGUGUGCUAUUCACUCUGCACGCAUCCCAGUGAUUGGCCAAGCCAUGAAACGUAGAACUCGCUCACUUCUGUAGAACAAAACUUGCACAAUUGUUCUUUCCUAUGAACAGCGUCUAAAAAUGUCAUAUAAAAUGUAUCAUGAUAUAUUGAAAAGCUAUUUUAAGAUGAGAUUAUGAUAAUGUUGAAUAGCAUUACAGCCUUAAUUCACACUGGCCUUGAAAUUAUAUCCAUGUGUUCCUCUGGCAUUUCUCUUUCUGCUGUUUUAGGUAGGGCAAUAUUCCAUUUACUUUAAGGAGAUUAACCCCUCCACUAUAAUGAUAGAAAGGGAAAUGUCUCUCAGUGUAAUUUCGGAGCCAUCAUAAACUGGUACAGCAAUGACAUUCAGAUUAAGCAGCUCUGGUGUCUGUUAAUUGCAUAGAUGCACAUAGCCAGAGACUGGCUUUAUGUAAAAGAUUUUCUUUCAAAGCAGCAAUUUUAAUAGUUUAAAAUAAAAGACCGUAAAUGUCAUCAUAUGAUGUGUAACAAAGUAGUUACAGUAACAUUAUUUAUUUGGUAAAAUGCAUUCUAUGUAUUUUAAAUGGCUUGCAAUAUCAUACUGUACUGGUCUAUUCCACAUGUGUCUGCAAGAACUUCAGAGCAAGCAGCUUACACUUGGUUUCCAGUGCAUGUUUACCAGGUUUGCUCCUUCGGUGGAAUCUCUGCAUGUUUUCCUCCUGACUUUAAACUGUCCACUGCACAAUUAAAAAAAAUAUAAUCAUAAAA